UAUCAGACACAGACAGCAAGCCAGGCCGCAGCGCACAUUUCCCGAUUUGCGCACAGGAGCCGACCGCGAUGUUCAAGUUUGCCUCGGGGUCCAAGAAGUCGCCGUCCAUGAACCGGUCGCUCAACCUGCCGUCGACGCCGCACCUCCCGGACGAGGACGAGACGAUGCCGACGCCCACGUACGAACAGCCCGGCGACCGGUCGAUCAAGCACUACAAGAAGGUCGUGCUGGCGAUCGCGUCCCUCGCCGUCGUCGGGACAGUGGCCGCCCUGGCUCUGUACAACCCGAACGCGUCCACGACAAACGCGUCGGUAGGUGCGUCGGUGGUUGAAUCGAGCCCUGCCCAACUCCCUCCUCCACGCGCUGCUCAUGUGCCCAGCAUCCACGGAGAAGAAGAUGCCGUUGACAACCUCAAGGUGCUUCAACUCGGACUCGAACUCAUGAAGGCCAAGCACAACGCCAUGACCACGGGCGAACUCGACAAGGAAAAGCAACUCCAGCUGCUCAAGCUUAAGGCGGCCAAAAGCCACGGGUCGUCCAACCUUCAUCACAAGGAACUGCCAUUUCCCAAGGCGAAAGCGGACAACGUCCUGGUGGCCCAGGUGCAGGGCGAUGAAGACGAGGCAGCGCGUCGCCAAGCCCUCACAGAGCUUCUCACGUCGCUGGCCGCCAACGGCCAAGCGGAUGCAAUCAAGGUGCCGUACAUUAUUGAUUAACCCGCGUCGGGAGCUGCGUGUUAAUUGAAUGUUUCCAUGUGUGGUCGGCGUACACACUCGACUUCUUCGACGUUGCCCUUUCCAUCGUCGU